AUGUCUGAAACAACACCAACUACUGAAGUACCAACCACCUCUGAAGCAGGUGAAGAGAAAAAGAGCAAAAAAGCUCUUAAUAAAGAAUUAAAGAAACAACAAAAAGAAGAGAAAAAGAAUGCUGCCAAGGCUGCCAAGCCACAACAACAACAACAAGUUGUUCAAAACCCAUUGGAAACCUCUGGUGACAACUUUGGUAGAGCUCCAAUGAAUCAAUCACAAAAUAGAGCCGGUAAGAAAUACACACCAGUCGAAAGCAUCAACCCAUCUUUGAAUGGUGAGAAGGUUUUGGUUAGAGCACGUGUCCAUUUGGCAACUGCAACUGGUUCAUUGGCAUUCAUGGUUUUGAGAGAUGCCAUGCACACCAUUCAAGCUGUUUUGUCGGCUGCCGGAAAUGGAAAGCCAAUGGUCAAGUUUGCUGGUGCCAUCCCAAAGGAAUCGAUCGUCGACAUGGAAGCAACCGUCAUCACCACCAAAGAGCCAAUCAAUCGUUGCACUCAAAAGGAUGUAGAACUCCAAGUUCUCUCACUCUUCAUUGUUUCCGAGGCUCAGCAAUUGCCAUUGCAAUUGGAAGAUCUCGCUCGUCCAACACACGAGUUGGAACAACAAAAGAAGACCAUCGAGGAGUUGGAUGAGAAACUCAAGUCAUUGACACUCUCAGAGGCCGAGCGUUCAGAUCUCGAAAAGAAAAAGGGAGAGGCUAACAAAUACGCAGAGGUAUUGCUCGACACUCGUCUCAACAACCGUGUUCUCGACUUGCGUGUACCAUCUCACCAAGCUAUCUUCAGAUUGCAAUCGGCUGUCGGUAUGUUGUUCCGUGAGUACUUGCACUCCAACAACUUUGUUGAGAUUCAUACACCAAAGAUGAUCUCAUCGGCCAGUGAGUCUGGUGCAUCGGUCUUCAAGUUGGGAUACUUUGACACCAAUGCCUACUUGGCUCAAUCACCACAGUUCUACAAACAGAUGGCUAUCUGUUCCGAUAUGGAGCGUGUCUAUGAGAUCGGUCCAGUUUUCCGUGCUGAGAACUCAUUUACCCAUCGUCAUCUCACCGAGUUUGUAGGUUUGGAUAUUGAAAUGUCGUUCCGUGAGCACUAUCACGAGGUUUUGGACGUACUCGACAAUUUGAUGUGCUCCAUCUUUGAGGGUUUGGAAACUCGUUUCGCCAAAGAGUUGGAAACCAUCAAGGCUCAAUACGGAUAUGAACCAUUCAAGUUCACCCGUCCAUCACCACGUUUCACAUUCGACGAAGCCGCCGCCAUGUUGAACGAGAUUGGUGAAACCGUUGUUGACAACGAUAUCAACACCACUCAAGAGAAACUCUUGGGUAAGAUCAUCAAGAAGAAAUACGGAGUCGACUUUUACAUCAUCGAUAAAUUCUACCGUACCGCUCGUCCAUUCUACACUAUGCCAGAUCCAAACAACGAACUAUUGGCCAACGCCUACGAUCUCUUUAUGCGUGGAGAGGAAAUCUGUUCCGGUGCCCAACGUAUUCACGAUGCCAAGAUGCUCGAAGAAAGUGCUGCCAAGCAUGGUAUCAACAUCCCAUCGAUUCAAGCAUACAUCGACGCAUUCAAGUACGGUGCUGCUCCACACGCCGGUGGUGGUGUAGGUUUGGAACGUGUUGUCAUGUUGUAUCUAGGUAUCGGAAAUAUUAGAAAGACAUCUAUGUUCCCACGUGAUCCAAAGAGAAUCGCUCCAUAA